UAUAUCAUUCCGAGACCAUUACGUGCAGCAUAAGCGCAGAAAUCACCAAUAUCCCCCAAUCUCAUCUCAUCAGCUUUUGUUUCAUCUGAGGGCGGAACCUGGGACCCCAACGACCGGAGACCAAGGCGACGUCAACGCGGAUCGCGGAUCGUGACGUUUGACACACAUACAGCCUGCAUAAACCGGAGACGGCGAUCCCAUCUUUCCCCCAGUCCCCCUCUUCUGUAUCCCACCUUUUUACAUCAUUAUAUAAAAGUCUCACUCAUAACACUAUUGCGCAAGCCACACAAACAUGACUUCAUCCUCGUCAACCAUUAUCCGUAUCCCCCGGACCGAUACCGAUCAGGAGGAUGACUUCAUUCUGGGCGAGGUUACCCACUCAGGAGGGUCAUCCGCGAGGGGAUCGAAACCGCUGAAUCUCAAGAUCGUUGCUACGGAGGGUGAAGAACCGUAUGCGCUCACGCUAAAACAUGACCACAUCAACGACCUCCGCUCCAGCACCUCCUCCUGCUCCCCCACAGAAUGGGAAUCCAUCCUCUCCUCCCUCUUCAUAACAGCCUCGCCAGUAGAAGGCAUCGAAGCAGGCGCCGAAGUGGACUCCCCCAAGGGCAGCAAGAAAAAGUCCAUCACCAUCACCAUCCGUCGGCGCAUAGCCGGCAUCAACCAACGACUAGGCGCCCUAACCCUUAUCCACUCCCCCUCCUCCGAGAUCCAGCUCUUCGACUGGUGUUCGCAACUCGCCAUCUCCCGCCAGACCGCCCUCACUUCGGUAUCCACCUCCGCCGUGCAGGUCGCCGAUCUCGAGGCCCGUGUGGCCGAUUUGAAGGCUCAGUUGGAGGAACUCACGCAGUCGAAAGUUGACCAAGAGACCGAGCUGCUGCAGAAGUUUAGGGCGCUGUUGAAUGAGAAGAAGGCCAGGAUCCGUCAGCAGCAGCAGGCGUUGAGUAGUAGAGCGAGACCAAGGCCGGAUUCACAGGAGAGGCUCUCUUCCGUGAUUGAGAGUGCGAGGAGUAAAGUUAACGUUGACUCGGAAAAUCCACUGGAUGACGAAGAGGAGGAAGAAGAAGAAGAAGAAGAAGAAGAAGAAGAAGAAGAAGAAGAAGAAGAAGAAGAAGAAGAUGGCGGCGCCAAGAUCGGAAGGAUAGGAGGGCGCGGAACAGGAUCAGCGACAAAAGCAAAAACAAACACAAGGACAGCCCGUGUUUCCAGACCAGGAAAACGAAAGGCUACCAAAGACGUAUCAUCAGACGACGACGACGACGACGACGCAGAAUUCGAAAAGAUGGAUGUCGACGACGAGCCAGGACCAGAGCCUUCGGAACCCUCAUCCAAGACCACCAUGGGGCAAUCAUCCUCUAGCAAAACCCUCGACAACGAAGAUACCGAUGCAGAGGACGAAGAUGAGGAAGGCGAAAGCGGCAACAACAAAACCUCCGAUCGCAACACCCCAGACCGUGACAACGACGAUGACGACGAAACAGCCAGUGAACCCGACGAGGAGGAUGAGACUGUAGAAGCCGGGGAGAAGGAUCUCGAUGUUGGCCCGCCUCCUUCACCACCGCCACCUGCUAGACGACAAGGCGCCACGGCAGUGGCAUCAUCAAAGACGACGACGACGACGGCUGCUGCUGCAGGAAAGGGGAAGGGAAAGGAGACGCCAACGCCGCCGGUUUCUCAUACCAAAAGGGCGGGAGCGACGGCUACGAGAGCGUCUCAGCCUGCUGCUGCUGCCGCUGCCGCUGUGGAUGAGGGGAGUGAGACUGAGAGUGAUGAUGAGUUGUGAGUUGUGAGCGGAUGGCUUGAACAAAUGUGUUCGGGUAUGGAUACCUUAGGGUGAGAGGAGACAAUGUGGUAUAACGAUGGACAUGAAUGCAGGAUGUUGUUGGUGACAGGUAACUUUGGGGUGAAUCCCAUGGGAAGGCAGUCUAUGUUCAAUACAAUGAUGUUUGCCAUAGAAGCUGCUUUAGCUAUAUGUGUAUUAGCUGUGCAUGUCAA